AACACCGAGCCGUACUGGCAGAGAUGGGGUAUAGCGAGACCAGCAGUGUUACCGACCCAGUCGUCCGUGGCAAGGGGUGUAUUCUAUGUCAUUUAUUAACAAUAGUUUAUGUUUCAUAGCCGCCAUGCAAGACAGAUUGUUUUACGUAUGUUGUACCUGUAUAUGUGGGUCACAUCGUUCUUCACUAGCACUGAUAUUCUGACAAGUAAGUCACUCUUGGAUUAACUGGGCACUUUCCAGUUUAACACUUCUUGCUAUUUCGCAAGAUGAUUUGGAUUAAGCCCCAGCUUGCAGUGGUUGCCGUUCUGCUGACUGUUUGUGGUUACGUUUCAGUGGGCGGUGAGUACAUGCGUGUUUGCUACUAUGCGAACUGGGCCCAGUACCGCCCUAGUGUCAUGCGGUUCAUCCCUAGCAACAUCAACCCGACGUUGUGCACGCACAUCAUGUACGCUUUCGCCAAGAUACUACCAGAUACAAACUCGCUCGGCACCACGGAAAACAACGACGAUGGCCUGGGUGGUAAUUACAAGAAAGUGACAGAUCUAAAGACCACGACUCGAGGUCUCAAAGUCCUUCUGGCGGUCGGGAGUUUGAAUCACAACUCCUCGGGAUUUACCGACGUCGUCAGCACCGACACCCGGAUCGACGCGUUCUGUGACAACGUCAUCACGUUCCUUCGCACUCGCAACUUCGACGGCCUGGACAUUGAUUGGGAGUUCCCGGGACAACGAGGCGGGAAUGCUAGUGACAAACAGCGGUACACGAAACUUGUAGCGCGUCUCCGUCAAAGGUUUAAUGCAGAAACGGGAAAUCAAAACACAUUGAUUCUGUCAGCCUCGGUUUCUGGGAGCCGGAACACGAUCGACAGUGCUUAUGAAGUUAGCUCCAUAUCAACAUAUUUCGACUUCGUCAACAUAAUGGCUUAUGACUACCAAGGCUCUUGGAGUACGGGUCUGGAUCAUGGUAGCCCCCUGUACCCGCGAUCAGACCAACAACCUCCGGAUAGCUACACAAAUGCCGUGAGUAUAUUAUGCAAUUACAUUGGUCUUUUACUGUUCAUGAGGGCGAGAUGUAGCUCACUG